AUGCCUACUUCCAUCGAGACUACCGUGAGCACACAGACCAAGAACCGCCCCACCGUCCGGCUCGCGGCCGUUGACGGGAAUGCCGAACAGCAUCCCAAUUGGCUGGUCGAACUGCACACCAAGGGUUGGACGGUUGUGCGCGGAGCCCUACCUAGGGACCGAGCACUGGCGUAUGCCGACAAGGGCUACGAAUGGCUUGAAAGCUGGAAUCUGGGGUUCGACCGCAAGGACCCGUCCACUCGCAAGACAGCAAAUCUUCCCUGGCACACUCGGGGAGGGCUUUACAACGGGUACGGCAUCGGUCACGAGCAGUUCGUAUGGGAUUUGAAGUCAGAACCGAGUCUUGUGGAGAAGUGGGAACAGAUAUGGGGCACCCGCGAGCUGCUAGUGUCAUUUGACGGGGUGAACCUUUCCUUACCCGAAAGGGAACGUCCCAAGUCAGACCCUAUUUUCGCGCCGUGGGCGCAUGUCGACCAGUCCCCGUUUAACAACAAAUUCGACACCGUUCAGGGGAUUGUGAACCUGCUACCCAACGGGCCCGAGGACGGCGGUCUGAUGGUGCUUGAAGGGUCAAGCGCCUACUAUACUGAGUUGUGGCAGCAUUUUGACCAGAAGAAGGGCGAAAAAGGAUGGAGCACGUGGGCCUUUCAAUAUGUUGACGACGAGAUGUGCCAGUGGCUUGAGGCGAAGGGGUGCAAAUGGAUCAAGGUGUGCGCAGAGCCGGGCGACCUGCUGCUCUGGGACUCGCGCACGAUCCAUUACGGCGCCGCCCCUUCUUCGGUUAAUGACCGCUUCGCUGCCUAUGUCUGUUACAAGCCGGCCGCUGCCAUCUCAGAGGAGGCCAAAAAGGUCCGCCUGCAGGCGUUUGAAGCGAAGCAGAACACAACGCAUGAUCCAGCUGAUUUCCGAGCCAGGGAGUACCUGCCGCCGGCGGAUCAUCCUACAUACGAGAUGGCCACCAAACGAACAGCUCAAUCAAUGGGGCAUGAUUCACCCCCACCCCACCCAGUAGCUACCCCAGACUACCUCAUAUUUGUGUACUCCAAUCAAGGCCACUGCUUCGCCGGGUCGAUCCGGGGACAGGCGGUAAGCCUUACGCGAAAAACAGGUGCUGGCUCGCUGCGAAGACCUCCCAGGCCUUUCGAUGACGGUCAAUGCUUGAGCAUGACAAGCAAGUACCCAGACCUUGGCACUCUUCAAGCCCGGGGAUACGGACAAACUGGCCCCGUCUUUUGUAGCGGUGACGAUAUUGGCUGGUUCUUCUGA